CCCACUGAGAGGGGAAGAGUCUCACUUGGAGGGGGUCUCUGGACCCCACCCCUGUCUGCGGUGGGAUGGAUAGUGGUGGGCUUGGACCCAGCAGCAAUGGGGAGAGGAAGCCAACCUAUGCAGUCGUGGAAAAGGCGGAGGAAGAGGAGGAGGAAGAGGCAAAGUCGGAGGAGGGGACCCUGGAGCGGGACCAGUGGAACAACAAGAUGGAGUUUGUGCUGUCCGUGGCCGGAGAGAUCAUCGGGCUUGGCAACGUGUGGCGCUUCCCGUAUCUCUGCUACAAGAACGGGGGAGGAGCCUUCCUGAUCCCCUACCUCAUCUUCCUCUUCACCUGCGGCAUUCCGGUUUUCCUUCUUGAGACAGCGCUGGGCCAGUACACCAGCCAGGGGGGCGUCACGGCCUGGAGGAAGAUCUGCCCCAUCUUCGAAGGCAUUGGCUACGCCUCUCAGGUGAUCGUGGUCCUUCUGAACUUCUAUUACAUCAUUGUUCUGGCUUGGGCUCUCUUCUACCUCUUCAGCUCCUUCACCACCGACCUGCCUUGGGGCAGCUGCCAUAAUGAGUGGAAUACAGAGCACUGUGUGGAGUUCCAGAAGGCAAACAACACUUCCUUCACGGUGUCAGAGAAUGCCACCUCCCCAGUCAUUGAAUUCUGGGAGAGGCGGGUAUUGAAGAUCUCGGCGGGCAUUCACGACUUGGGUGCCCUGCGCUGGGAGCUGGCCCUGUGCCUCCUGCUCGCCUGGAUUAUCUGCUACUUCUGCAUCUGGAAGGGCGUCAAAUCCACGGGCAAGGUUGUGUAUUUCACUGCGACCUUCCCUUACCUCAUGCUAUUCGUGCUGCUGAUCAGAGGGGUGACUCUGCCUGGAGCCGGCCAGGGAAUUCAGUUCUACCUGUACCCAAACCUCACCCGCCUCUGGGACCCCCAGGUGUGGAUGGACGCGGGCACUCAGAUCUUCUUCUCUUAUGCCAUCUGUCUAGGGUGCCUGACUGCUCUGGGCAGCUACAAUACCUAUCACAACAACUGCUACAGGGACUGCAUCGCGCUCUGCUUCCUGAACAGCGGCACCAGCCUCGUGGCCGGUUUUGCCAUCUUCUCCAUCCUGGGCUUCAUGGCUCAGGAGCAAGGGGUGCCCAUCUCCGAGGUGGCAGAGUCAGGCCCGGGCUUGGCGUUCAUCGCGUACCCACGGGCGGUGGUAAUGUUGCCCUUCUCCCCACUCUGGGCCUGCUGCUUCUUCUUCAUGGUAGUCCUUCUGGGGCUGGACAGUCAGUUUGUGUGCGUGGAGAGCCUGGUGACCGCCCUGGUGGACAUGUAUCCACACGUCUUCCGCAAGAAGAACCGGAGAGAGACCCUCAUCCUGGGGGUCUCCAUCAUCUCCUACCUCAUUGGACUGGUGAUGCUCACGGAGGGAGGCAUGUAUGUGUUCCAGCUCUUCGACUACUACGCGGCCAGUGGCAUGUGCCUGCUCUUUGUGGCUAUCUUCGAGACCGUCUGCGUGGCCUGGGUAUAUGGGGCGGGGCGUUUCUAUGACAACAUUGAAGACAUGAUUGGCUACCGGCCGUGGCCCAUCAUUAAGUAUUGCUGGCUCUUCUUCACGCCUGCCGUCUGCUUGGCCACCUUUGUCUUCUCCCUGGCCAAGUACACACCGCUGACGUACAACAAGAAGUACCUGUAUCCAUGGUGGGGUGACACGCUGGGCUGGCUCCUGGCCGUCUCUUCCAUGGUCUGCAUUCCCGCCUGGGCUGGCUACAAGCUUGUCACCACCAAGGGCUCCUCUCUGACAGAGAGAGUCCGCCAGCUCGUGUGCCCAGAUGGAGACCUGCCCCAGAAGCUCCAGGCGGUGAUGGCGGCCCCCACCCCCAGCGGCAGGGCACUGCUCCAGGUGGCCCCUGAGCAGCUGGAGUCCCCCUGCUAGGGACGCCCCCCCCCAUGGACCAGACUGGGGGCUGCCGCCGGUAUGAAUGGGGAGAUGUGGCCAUUCCCUGGGGAAGCCCCCAGCAAGGGGGUGGGAGUGCAUCCACCCCACUCUCCGGGGAGCUGAGGGGGGAAGGGGCCCUACCCACUGCCUGCCUCCUGCUGAGGACCUUCACGGCCUGCUGGGCACAGAGCUGGGCACUUCUGGGUGCAGAGCGCAGUACUGGGCACCUCCUGCAUGCAGAGCACUGUACUGGACACCUCCUGGAUGCAGAGUGGACCGGGACUUUUCCAAGCUCUGGGGGCUGUUCUCUUCAUUCCAUUAAAUUCCUCUUUAUCC